GUAGGCCAACAAAAUCCAGCCUUAGGACCUUCCGCCACAUGAGGCGCUUAUGGGGCUUACCAAGGAUAGAACUAGUAAUCACGGAUCCGCAAAGUGAUUAGUCAUCUUUUUUCCUUCCACUCUCGCUCCACCAUGUCGUGUAAGCAGAGUUGCUAAAAAAAGUUAAAAAAAAAAUUGCCCCCUUGCGUGUUCACAUAAGAGUCAUUUGUAUAAUUCUAUCUAAAGUAAACGCAGGUCAAUAGGCUUUGUCCUCUCCAAUGAAUGAAGAAUAGGUCAAUAGAAAUAUAUGAAUCUUUUUCAUUUAGAUAGAAAAUAUAUCUAUAGUGAUUGCAAUUUGCAUGAUGGUUUGUAAUUUUGCACACAACUCAAAAAUGACAUUUUGUCGCAUAUGGUAUAAAAUAUAUCGAAAUGUAUAAUAAUCAAAAGACUUGCUGGUGUAGAGAAACCUUAAAAGAGUCAAGCUGACUUACAAUGAUCUUUAGACGCUCUCUUUAAUCUCUCCAGCCCUAUUCUUGUAAUUCUUUUUAGAACCCCAAUUUCUGACUGAUUAAGAAGACAAAUUUAGGUAGCUAAAACCUAACAAUGUCAGAGACUGCAAUAGGCUAUGUCAUAGACCAUCUGGUAUCACUGCUUGCACAAGAAGUAAACUUUUUGAGAGGGGUUCGUUCUGAAGUUUUAUGCAUUAAACUUGAACUAGAAGCCCUUCAGUGUUUCCUCAAAUACGCAGAUAUGAAGGCUGAAACUGAAAGAUCAGACUGCGAAGCUGGUGAUGGUGUUAAAGCCUGGGUUAAACAGCUUAGGGAAGUUGCUUUUCAGAUUGAAGAUGUCAUUGACGAGUACACACUGCAGCUGGCACAAAGCCACCGUCGCCGUGGCUUCAUUGCUUAUCUCCAUGAAAUCGGUAGGUCUGUUGUAAAACUCCAACCGCGCAUCCAUAUUGCAUCUCAGAUUCAUGACAUCAAACUAGCAGUUCUUAACAUCAAGGAAAGAAGUACUGGGAAGUAUGGUUUUGAUUCAACUAAAGAAGGAAUGUCCAUUGCUUCUCAUGAAGAUGAACAUUCGUGGUAUGACCCUCGUAAAGGAGCUCUUUAUCUUCAAGAAGCUGAUGUUGUUGGUAUUGAAUCUCCUAGAGAUGAACUUGUUGGUUGGUUGUUGGAUAAAAAGCUACAACGCACUGUGACUUCGGUGGUGGGAAUGGGGGGAUUGGGGAAAACCACUCUUGCCAAGAAGGUCUAUGAUUCUGUGAAAGAAAAGUUUGAUUGUCAUGCAUGGAUAGCAGUGUCUCAAUCAUACAGGAAGGAGGAGCUACUAAAAGGCGUGAUAAAGCAGUUCAGCGAGGGAAACAAAGAACCUAUUCCUAAAGGAAUUGAUGCAAUGGAUGAAGAUGAACUGACUCAACAGCUAAGAAAAUAUUUACAGCAGAAGAGGUAUGUUGUUAUUUUUGAUGAUGUUUGGAGAGUACAUUUUUGGGGGGAUAUAGAACAUGCUUUACUUGAUAAUCAAAGCGGUGGGAGAAUAGUGAUAACUACAAGGAGUAUGGAGGUCGCAAAUUUUUGUAGAAUUUCAUGUUUAGUGCACAUCCACAAGCUGCAGCCUCUGCCUCCUGAAAUGGCUUGGAAACUAUUUUGCAAAAAGACUUUCCAGUUUGAGUCUGAUCAAGGGCAUUGUCCUGCUGACCUAGAGAAGUUAUCUCGUAAUAUUGUUGAAAGAUGCAAUGGAUUACCACUUGCAAUUGUAGCCAUAGCCGGUCUUCUAUCAACAAAAGAUAAGAGGGUCAAUGAAUGGCGAAAAUUGCAUGAUAGCCUCCAUUCAGAGUUGGAGAGUAAUCCUUAUCUUACAAGUAUCACGAGAAUUCUAUCUCUAAGUUAUAAUGAUCUGCCUUAUUAUCUCAAAUCUUGCUUCUUGUAUAUUGGUAUGUACCCAGAGAACUAUCCUAUUCGAUGUUCAAGAUUAAUUCGACAAUGGAUUGCAGAGGGUUUUGUGAAACAGAAGAAAGAUAAAACAUCAGAAGAAGUUGCAUUAGAGUACUUAACUGAGCUCAUACAUAGAAGUCUUGUUCAAGUGUCAUGUGUGGAUUUAGAUGGUAAAGUUAGAACUUGCCGAAUCCAUGAUCUUUUGCGUGAAGUUAUUCUCAAAAAAAUGGAGGAUGCAAGUUUUGGUCACAUUCUAUCUGGAGACAAAUCCAUUUUCAGAGGAGGCUUAGUAACACGCCGCCUAUCGAUUGUCAAUAGUUCAUAUGAUGUUCUUUCUAGCACCGAUCAAAUCUCUCAUGUUCGUACUAUUUUAAGUUUCAACAGCAAUGGAAUUGUAUUAGAAAAUUCUGUGCAGAGUACAUUGUCAAAGAACUUCAAGCUUCUAAAAGUAUUAGAUUUUGAAGAUGGUCAUGUGGACUCUGUUCAUGAAGAUAUUGGGAACUUAUUCCAUUUACGAUAUUUAAGUCUUCGAAGCACCAGAGUAAGUAUGCUCCCAAGGUCCAUAGGAGAAUUGGCAAACCUUGAGACUUUGGAUCUAAAGAAAUCUUUUGUGUUUGAGUUACCUUCAGAGAUCAAAAGGCUUCACAAGUUGCGACAUCUUUUAGCAUACAAUCAUGAUCAUGCCAUGCAUUAUGGUCUAUCUGCAAGAAAAGGAAUAAAACUUGAAAAUGGAAUUGGAUGCUUAGAAGGCUUGCAUAAGUUAUACAUGCUCGAUGCAAAUGCUUCUGGUGUAGACAGAAUCAAAGAGCUGAGAAAGUUAACACAACUUAGAAGGCUGGGAAUUGAAAAGCUAAAGAGCGAAGAUGGAAAGAUUUUGUGCUGGUCUAUUGAGGAGAUGAAACACCUUGAAUCUCUCGAUGUAAGAGCAAUAAGCGAAGACAACAUUAUUGAUCUAGAAUCCAUCUCAUCUCCACCGCAGUUUCUUCAACGUCUAUAUUUAUACGGACGCUUAAACAAGUUGCCAGAAUGGAUCACAAAGCUUGAAAACCUAUCAAGGAUAGAGAUUUUCUGGUCAAAACUAGAAGAAGAUCCUGUGAAAAGCCUUAAGAAUCUGCAUAACCUAUUGGAACUAAUCAUAACACAUAAUGCAUAUGAUGGUGAGCAACUACAGUUUGAGAAGGGAGUGUUUCCAAAACUGAAGAUUCUCAAGCUCAGGAAUCUCAGUGGAUUGAGAUGUGUGGUAAUAGAGGAAGGUUCACUGCAGAAUCUUGAGAACCUCUGCAUUGGCCCCAGUCCAAAGUUGAAGGAGGUUCCUUUUGGUAUCUGCCAUUUGCAGAAGCUUGAGAUGCUUGAAUUUUAUGAUAUGUCACAUGAGUUCAUCAUGAGUAUGCAUUCAAAAGGAGAGGAUUAUGAGAUUGUUCAACAUGUUCCUCUUCUUCUCAUCCAUUAUGGAUGUGAUGGUGGAGAAUAUAAAACUGUCCGACUGUAUUAAUUUUGUUGGGUUUGGGAAGAAAUAUUUUGAGGUAAUUCAAUGAAUGAAGAAAUUCUAUCUGUAAUUGUUCUUCUGUAAAACUUUAAUUUUUAUGCAUUAUACUCUGCCUUUUGGUACA